UGGCAGAUGUUAUCAUUAUGCGUUCUGUCAGCUGUUACUUAGGAGGUAGGUAUCCAAUUAGCUUCCCCGUUCAGCCGUUUUACCUACCUAGGUAGCUUUAGGUGCCGAUGAGAACCCGGCAAGGAAAGAGCCAAAGAAAACAAAUUUGUACCUCGCUGUUGUCAUACGAAGUUGUUGAGGUCUGCAUCUCUUCAAUCAGAUUUUAUCUUGUGCCAAUUCCACAUCCACAAAAACAUUUUCUUCUUUCCUUUUACCCAACCUUCAACUCAACCACGAAUACUCGCACCGCGAACCAAUCUACCCAAGAUGUCUAUCCCCGCCUUCGCUGAUAUUUCCAAGUCGGCAAAUGACUUACUGAACAAGGACUUCUACCACCUUUCUGCGGGAACUAUCGAGGUUAAAAGCAACACUCCCAACAACGUCGCCUUCAAAGUCACUGGCAAGAGCAGCCAUGAGAAGGCCACUAGCGGUGCCAUCGAGGGCAAAUACACAGACAAGUCGCUCGGUAAUUCCACCACCAUUAUUCCUCCUGAACAGACCGUUGAGGUGUAUACCCGAAAACGCCGUCGAGAAAGUUCGCCUACGGCAUGGUUGGGACCUAUAAAAGCGCCAAAAUGGCCUCUCUCGUUCUCUAUCUUCCUCAGUCAAUACAGCUCACAAUUACUAAUGAGAUAUCGACGCGCAGGCCUCGUUCUGACUCAAACCUGGAAUACCGCCAACGCUCUCGACACCAAGGUCGAGAUUACCGAUGCUAUUGCGAAGGGAUUGAAGGCCGAGUCUAUCUUCUCUUUCCUCCCGGCCACCCAGCAGAAGGGCGUCAAGCUCAACCUCACCUUCAAGCAAUCCGCUUUCCACGGCCGUGCCUUUUUCGACCUUCUCAAGGGCCCCACUGCCAACGUCGAUGCCGUUAUCGGCCACGAAGGUUUCCUUGCUGGUGCCUCGGCUGGAUAUGAUGUCCAGAAGGCUGCUGUUACCGGUUACAGCGCCGCCGUCGGCUACAUCGCUCCUCAGUACAGCGCUGCCGUCACUGCCACUGACAACCUGAGCGUCUUUGCGGCUAGCUACUACCACAAAGUGAACAGCCAAGUUGAGGCCGGUGCCAAGGCUACCUGGAACUCGAAGAGCGGUAGUGCCGUCGGUCUCGAGGUCGCUAGCAAGUACCGUCUCGACCCCGUCUCUUUCGCCAAGGCCAAGAUCAAUGACCGUGGUGUCGCCGCUAUCUCUUACAACGUCCUCCUCCGCCCUGGCGUUACCCUGGGUCUCGGUGCUUCCUUCGACACUCAGAAGCUUGAGCAGGCCACCCACAAGGUUGGCGUCAGCUUCACCUUCGAGAGCUAAAUUGGUUAGCCCAUGGCUAAAGGAGUAUUUCGGACUUUUGUAGACGAAUUCCAGUGGAUCAUACCCAAUAACCUCUCAUUAUUUGUACUCGAUACAAGUAGGAUUCUUCGCAUACGGGUCAAAAUAUCUCAAUUGUAGACAUUAGACCUCUCGGACGCUUCCUGGCGUCCAAAUGCUAAUACGUGCAU